AGGGCCCUUGCUGGACGGCCUCUGCUGCGGGGAAGAGACAUGGAAUCAUUGGAAUUUGUAGUUACAGCAGUAUUGUACAAAGGCGGAGUACCGUCCCCCCCUGUCAUCAUGCCCGGGACCCACAAUCAAGAACGUAACUGACACCCUGCAGCCUGACUGAGGGGCGACUUUCUCAGCAAGAACGACUUGCAACGGGAGACGCCUGAUCCACAAUCGCCAUUCCAUUACAGGCCGAGACUCGGAAGUCGGCGUCGUUGGCGACGCCAUCGCUCGGCCAAUCAGAGCUCUCAUGGACAUCCCGGCGUGUCCUAGUGUCUUCGUAUGGGUAGACGCUUGGCAUCUACGUAGGCCUGACAGAGAUCUCCCCACAGAGACAGCCCAGUAUACGGUCGGUCGUCGCGCGGUAGGUGGUCCGUGGUGUGGAACAUUGUGGGUUUAAUAAGCUCGCUGAUUCGCCACGAGGACAAGUUGCCCCAUUCCACGUGGGAGCAUCGAAGAAUGGAAUCAACUUGCUAAAAGGUCGCGGCGAAGAACCAAUUUCUAGACCUCAGUCGGCGGAGGGGAAAUUGCUCGGCUUUAUGUUUCAGAUUUGGGUUGUGGCAGAGACGUUUCGGAAGUGAGGUUCAGUGAAGAGAAAGGGUCACUGACAAAAGUCGGUUCUGUGGGGAAUCCUUGCUCUGCGAUGCCUACUGAAUCGGCAAAUGAGCGCGGGACGAAGGAUUGUGACGGUUGAUGCAUACUUCCCCGAAUGGUUCGUUUCCACGAGUUCGAUGAGGGGUCAAGACACAAGAGGGACCAGGGACAGCGGGGCAGGACAGGGCUCGUUGGGAGAACCGUGUUGUCCUGGCGCUGCUGCUGCUGCUGCUGCGCUCCCUGCGAAAGAGCAAUCUCCACGCAGGUACGGCAACCUGCAAGAUGAGUGAAAUCGGUACAGUGAGAAAAACUCGGAGCCGCGAAGUAGAAUUUGACAGAACGGGGAGGUAUGGAUUCCCCGAAUCAGGGAAGGAAGGUGGUCACAAAGCCAUGGGCACAGCGAAGAUUUAGAGGACGGUGUUAGAGGUUAGACCACUAACGGUUGCCUUGGGCAGGCCGGAGAAGUAGCGGGUUUUCAUGGCAGGAAUAGCACAAGUCUUUUUGACCCUCAAUGAGCGCUUGGAGAGGCUGGUAACGCGUGUGGAUCAUCUGUUCGUACAAAGUGAAUCGCGCAAGGGCGACCCAGGUCGAGAUGCGCAGGCACUGGCUCUGUCAAAGCAGAACCUGGCAGGGCUAGCCAGGCGCAUUGAUUUGAUAGAGGAGCAGCACAAGAAGCUGCAAGACUCUGUCGAUAAACUGAUUGCAGUCUGUGAGGGCAUGGAAAAAGUAUGUGAAGGCAUGAGAGCGUGCCUGCUUGAUUACAAACCGAGGACCCACAGAUUAUCCAAGAGAAGCUCAGUUGUAUACACAUCCCCUCUUCAAAGUUAAUGCAGUUCAACCCAGUUUCAUCAACAGGUUGCAAGUCUUGAAAAGAACACGGAUUGGUAAUGGAAAUGUGGAAUUUGCGCUUCCAGAAAAAAAAUCCUGCACGAACCCCUUCAGUGUGCAUGGUUUUUGAAGACGGUAUGUUUAAAGCAUACCCAAGCAAUCUUAUCAGGUUGGAUUGCAGGAUGAAAGCUCUCCUGUAAGAAACUGAGACGGACGGGUUCAAACAACCCGAAGUGGAAGAGGCGUGGACAAAGAAGACCCUAUCGAAUUAUAACAUGACGUAGAACCUAUUUGCAACCGAGGUGUUAUAUUUUCUGAACCCUCAAACGACAUGUUUGGUCAAGGUUUGAGUCGAUAACUCUGCUCCACAUGCACUUCACAAGUGAGCAUGAAAUGCAGUCAUGUCGCGCUUCUACGUCAGAACGUUAUCGGCUUCUUCCUUUUCUAGAAGGAGGCCAUCUGGCAGCUGGAGCGACUAGGAUCAUUUCAAAACUUCACAAGAUCGUAAAUGCUAAGCCUCUGGUCCAUACAAACACAAUCGCCUAAUCGCCUGAUUGUAUAUUAUUAGCUUUGUAGCCAAACACAUUUCGACGAGAACAUAUACCCUAUUCAGAGAGAGAAAGCUGGAAAACCUGGACUACCACCACCAAAGACGAGAGCAUCCAUCAGAGGCAAACUUAUGCAGAUCAGCACUCUCCAUCGUAGGCACUAAUUAGAGACCUGAGAAAGGGAGGACAAAUGUCAAAUCACACGUUACUUUUGUAAAGAAAUGGUGGGUCCUGCAUGAGU